AUGGUUGAACUAGAUUGGAAUAAUGUGCCCAAGGACAUGUGUCCUGUGUGCAAAACGGACAAGUAUCUUUCUCCCGAGAUUCAGUUUAAGAUAAAUCCCGAAUGUUACCAUAAGAUCUGCGAUUCAUGCGUUGACAGAAUUUUCUCAUUGGGUCCAUCACCUUGUCCUUAUCCUAACUGUGGCAAGAUUUUACGUAAGAACAAGUUCAAGACUCAGAUAUUUGAUGAUUUGGAAGUAGAGAAAGAGUGCGAUAUUCGCCGCAGAGUGUUGAGCAUAUACAACAAAAAGGAGCACGAUUUCGCAUCUACCGAGGUGUAUAACAAGUACCAGGAAGAGAUUGAAGAUAUAGUAUACAGGAUGUUGUACAAAAUCGACAUUGAGAAAACUGAAGAGCAGCUUAAAGAGUACUCUAUUGCCAACAAACAGUCGAUCAGAUUGAAUAAUGCAAGAAGAGACCAAGAAUAUGAGAAGUUCAUUCGUCUACAGAAGUUGGAGAAGCAGUACAAAUCGGAAAGAAUCAGGUUGAAUAGACUUAUAGUACAGGAGCAGACCAAUCUGAAGAGUUUGGAAAAGAUAAAGGCCAUGGAUCAAUUACAAGAGUCCUCAGAGGAGAAGGAUCCUGACGCAGUAAUUAAAUCCGUGAAGGAGUCCAUGAAGAAGCAAUCAAGUAAGUAUAAAAAGCAACUGGAAGAUCUGCACAAGAAAUAUAAGAGACAAAAGGAAGCGAUCAUUAAGAACCAGCAAUCAUCCUCGAAGAAGAACCAGGAUGCUGCAUUGCGGGUGCCAUUUACACCAUUUGAUGGAGACAGAUUGAGUCCGAAGCCAUAUCAUUUGGAUCCUUCAAAGUAUAAAGAUCCAUAUCUGGAAAAAAUGGUGAGUGAUGUACAGUUUAAGGCCGGUGGUUAUAAGUUGGAUGAUUACUAUGAGAGAUCGUUGAAUGAAGCAUUUACCGGGUUAAACUGCUUCAUCGAGGAGGAAAAGGUUAAUUAA